AUGGCUACCGAGCACAACUACCACUAUGGUGUUCUGCCGGAGCAGUCACAAGAAGAUGCGCUCCACGCGACCCGCCUUCUAGCAGUUGAAGAACGACCCUUCUUCCGUGUUCAGCGAGCACUGCUUGGCAAGGACUCUCUACUACGGAAGCUACCUCAGCAGCGACAGCUUCCGUCGCCGCCUCCCGAAGGUGAAGACAUGAGGGUUGCGCCGCCAGCUGCAGACCCGGCUGCAGACCCCUUCGUCCGCCAAAAGUUCCGCGAGGAAGUCCUGUUCGACUUUGCUGCGUUGGAAAGCAGCAUCCUGCGCAUUCAGCUCAUCCAUUCAUCCAAUCGACGCGAGAGAGAACGGUAUGCAGCCGAGAAGCUGAAGAUUACCGAGGAGGCUCAGGCCGUGAGGGAGAAUACCGUUGAUUUGAGAAUGGAAUUGGAAGAGGCGCAAAAGGUGAGGCAGAGGAGGAAAGGCUACGAUGCGCUUGCCGCCAAGGUUCUGGACGACAAGAAGAUCAUGAGCCGUGAGGCCUGCAGCUCGGAGAUCAAGGCUUUGGAGAAGGAGAUUGAGGAGCUGGAGCAUGAAGGCGGGGAGGUUGAAGGACUGUGGGCGGGACGAAGGACGCAAUUUGACCGGCUGGUGACUGAGGGUGAGGCUAUGAUGAGGCUGGUUAAGGGUGUCAAAGAUGAGCCAGAGAAGAUGGAUGGUGAAGAGGACGAGAACAUGGAGGAUGAAGACGGUGAUGCUGAAGGAGAUGAUGCCACGAGAGGCGAGAGUAGUCGACUGGGCACACCAGCGCCUGACGGCAGAACGCCUCUACGUGCGGACGGCGGCCAGACGCCUAUGCCCGUUACUGAGACUGGUGAUGACACAUCUGUUCGGCCGAUCAAUAGGUUUCUGGAGGUCGAGGGUGCAACGAGACCAGGUAGCUGUGCUGCCUCGCCCGCAAGACAAGGAGGUGCUGCUGCCGGAGGAGAUGUGGACAUGGCCGAGAUCUUGAACGAUAAUGGCGAGCCUCCGCCACAGGGUUCGGCAGGCUUGGAAGCGUCUGUGAACCAGGUUGUGGAGCCUGUCGAGGAUGUCAAGAUGACGAUGGAUGAGACAUGA